AUGACUUGUACAGAUGGUAAAGAAACAUGGAAUCAAAUAAAUAAAAUUGAGGGGAUUUCAGGGACAACACCGGAUCCUGACAAAAACUCUUGUAUAGACUGCAAUUCGACUUGUUCUUGCUCGGUUGGUACAAUUUGAAAGAAAAAAACAAUAUAAAGUCGGAAAGACCCUUUACGGGCCCUUUGAGGGUUCAUUCUUGGUGAAAAAAGGUGUCCAAUAAUUGUUCCUAAACGGGAUGCAACGGUUUCCUUUUUGCUGCCCAUUCCCGUCCUUUAUCCACCUUUUUGGACCCUUUUGAAAAAUAGAGAAUUUUUCAAAUUGAAAAUAAUCUUUACCAUUGACUGUGUAUGAACCAAAAUGUUCUACAGUAAUAUACUCAAUGUUCCCCGACUUGAAAGGCGAGGGAGGCGGGGCAGGGGGCGGGACGAGUAUCGUGUGGGUUCGCGGUUGUUGGCACGCGUACAAUUCGACCGCCAGCGACUAUUUGGAGAGCUCGUUUAUCGCUCUUUUCAUUUGUUUUUUAUUUCUUUAUUGGUUUGUGAAAUGUGUGCAUUAAAAAAUAGUAGAACAUAUAAAAAAAGAGCGGCGACCGAGCUUUUUGAAUAUUCGGUGAAUUGAACUUGCGCCAAGAACCGCGUACGCACACGCUACGCGUCCCGCCACCUGCCCCGCCUCCCUCGCCUUUCAAGUCGGGAGACAUUGACUAUAAAAUCGGAAAUCAGCAAUGAUCGAGCCUUUCAGCACCUUUUUUGCACCCUCAAUCUUUCUUUACCCUUUUUCACCCUUUUUUGAGGCUUUUUCGCCCACCACGAAAGAAAGGCCCGAACCCUUUUAGUGGCCAUUUUGCAGCCACCCCCUUUUCGCACCCGGUUUUCGCACUUCCCACUUUGGCAGUGAUAGUUUAGAAUCGAAUAUUCAUUUAGAACUCGAAAUGCCGUUCACCUGACAUUCUAAAAACCACUAUCCGAUUACAAAAUGGGGACGAAAUGCGGUCGAAACUUUCCGAUGACCUUCUACCUUUAGCUUUUCAACAAUGUUCUCAAGGAAAUAUCAAACAAUGCCAGGUAAUCCCAAAAAAAAGUAAUUUCAAGAAUUAUUCAAAUUUUUCGUAGAUUUUGAUAAAUCUUUGCGUCUUGCAACAUUAUGAACGGGAGACGAACAACGCUUGCGGAUUGUUUGAUGAAGCUCGUCGGUCUUUUAAUCCUUGGUGAGUUCGAAAAUUAAAAGUUUUUUAGAAUUUCGUGAACCCUAUAUUGCUCACUGUGCUCUGAAUUUAUCAAUGUACUUUUCUGGUCGUAGUGUAGAAAAUAAGAGAAAAAAAUCCAAGGUUAUUCAAAGGUCCCAACUCUUAAGUUUUUGCAAAGAACUUGAUUCGCUGAAAAAUAUAUUAUUUAUUGAAAUCCUGGCAGGGGAGGUCAAUUUACCUAUCGGUUCGGAGAUUUCUACGUAUUUGCUCAAAUAUCGAAAAUCCUCAUCUAGACAGUCAGAGAGUGUUUGAGCAAAUUCGUAGAAAUUUCCAAACAGCAAAGUAAAAUGACCUCCCUUGUGAGACGAAUGUUCGAAUCCUUUUCAUGCUAAUAUUUUUGCUUUUCUAAAAAAAAACUGUCAUUUUUUUGUCAGAUUGCACGGCGCAGCCUAAUGCAGCAUUAAAAAUAACUAGAUUAUUUAUAAACUCUAUUUUAAUCUCUUGGAAAAGAUAUUGCUAUUUUCAAAUGCAUACACAGGCAAAGUCAAGAAGGAUGGGAAAAAGUUUAUUUUUUGUGCCUUUUCGCGCCAUUUUUUCAGCUUCUAUGCAUCAUUUUUGCUGCCUCUCCCUUUUUCACCAUUUCUUGAGCCUUUAAAUUCUCAGAAAAAAAAAUUGAAGGCUCAAUAAAAUGACUCUUUUUGCAGCCUUUCUGCGACCUUUUUCGAGUCUCUCCCUUUUAGCGGCCAUUAUUCACCAAUCGGACUUUGCCCGAGUAAAAAUUCAAAAUUUAACAUUUCCUUUUGUAUGUUUCUAAAUUUUCAUCGUCAUCACGUUUCGACAACAUUACGAGGGAUUUUUUUCAAGAAAAAUCGAAUUUUUUCUGUUAGAUAUUGAUAAUCUCUUUUUGUAGGCAAAUCACUCUGGAUCCCCUCUAUUUCAAUGGCGACUCCGAUUCGGAACUCGGAAAAGAGGUGGCCAUCACUCAACAAUAUAUUUUCGACAACUCUGACCGCUCUGUCAUUCAUCUCAUUUUUGCCAUGUUUGGAAUUUCAUCAAUCUUUUUUGUACUUAACUGUUUUCAAGUUACAACAUGGAGGGAGAUUUUGAUGGAUUUUUCGACGCGAAAUCUUUUCCUCUGCAUUUUUGUCAGAAUGACGUUCAACCUGGAGCGCCGUACCGUUUCGGAAGAAGGUGAAAUUUAAAAAAAAAUUAUUAAAAAAAUGACGAUUUUCCCCUUAACACACGUUCUCAGAGUUUUUCGAUUUACCAUUUGUACAAAAAUUCUAAAUUUUCUUGAGAGCUUCUCUUUCUUGAGAGCUCUUAACACCAUAGAUAGUAAGCAACCGCCAGAAAAUUUUGAACCCGGAAACUUUCAGGCUUACUGUAGAAGAAAUACCGUGAAAAUCAAACUUUUUUCGUAGUGAAGUAAAUUGGUCGAAACAAAUUUCAAUAAAAAAUAAGUCCUUCUAUGAACAUUUUUUUAGUAUUGGAACUGGUCCGAAAAAAAUCUUCCGUAGGAAAAAAAAAAUUGAAUAAUGACGAUUUUCGCAUUUUUUGAAAACAAGGACUUCCGUUUGAAAAGUAUCCAAAAUAAAUUUUUAAAUAAAAUUUUUUUUCCGUAAAUUGAAAUAAAGGACUUUUUUUGAGAUAAUACAGCUUUUUUUCCCAAUAAAAUAAACUUUAUAGGUACAAACGAGAGUGCUCUUUUUUUCUACUGAAACACCGAUAAAUCGAUUUUUGGUCCGGAAAAAUUCAUUGAGCCUUUCGUGAAGUUUACAGAUGAAGAUGGCAAUCAAAAGGUUAGAAAACCGUUUGAUUGAAAUGAAUAUAUAAUCAUUCAGAUGUACCCAGUUCCGGUGCUGAAUUUGCAAGUCAGGUCCGGAGCGAAUUCCGUGAAUCGAUUAGCGAAGGAGCAAAAUCGCUGGAUUUUAACGCGGCGCUUUUUUCUCCUCGAUGAUUUUUCGAUAACGACGAAAAAUGGAAGCGUCGUUCGUGUUGCUUCGCAUGUUAAAUUCCAUAUUUGGUUUCAGGUUGGGCAUUUUUCGUGAAAAGAGUCCACACUUGCAUUAAAACCUUAUAAUAUCGCUGUCCAUGCGCCUUUAAACUUGAUGUCAAAGCUACGAAAAACAUUGAGAAAAAAAAAACCUCCAAAUCUGAUAAGAAAUUCAGGAGUCGUCGAGUGAAUACGUUAAGAAUUAUGUGGACGAAACAGAACAUGAAAUCUUCAAAAAAUAAUAAAAUUUUAAAGGCGCAUAGCUUGAGCUUUGAGCAAGAAUUGACACGAAAAUCGGUCAUCUUCCCAGAGCCGGCCACGAAUUUAAUAUUUUUUGAAGACAUGGAAAACUCAGUCUUUUUAAAGCAACGGAUCGAUUAAUAAUCGAAAGAAUUGCGUGGACAAAUUGAAAAUGAAAUCUUUGAAAAAUGUUAAAAGUUUAAAGGCGCAUAGCUUGAGCUUCAAACAAGUCCUCAACGCGAAAGUUUGCCAUUUUUCCUAAGCAAGCCAUGAAUUCACUAUUUCCUUCAAAAAACGAAAACCUUAAUUCUUCAGAAAAACGGAGAUGGACUCAUCCAUCCGCCCUAUAUCGAAAUCGACUACAAUGACAACUUUGAAAGGACCACUGUCGAAUCUUCUUUCCAAGUGGUUUAUGGUAGAGAUCCCGGGCCUUUUGACAGGGUGAAAAUUAUGGUUUUUCAACAAUUUUUUUUCAUUUUUCGGAUUUCAGGACCUCGAAAUCACCAUGUUCGUUAUUUGUCCGAUAUCUGUCAUUUGGGCCGCUUUGUCUGCGUAUAGGUUGGUAUAUUAUAAUGAUAAAAAUGAUUUUCGCGAAUCGCACAAUUUUCUCUGGCCCUCCAAAAUUUGAUUAUCUUUUUCUCUCUCUGACGGAUAUUUCGAAUUUCAAAAAGUCACUUUGCACGGCGUUUUUGUUAGUGGACAAAAUUGCUUAACCAAAAAAACAGUGGGCGGAGCCGGAAUAUCCGCCGUUCCCAGGUGACGUCAUGGGAACGGCACUGAUUUGGGCUCUAAGAGCGUAAAUAACAGAGCAUAUUAAAAGCGCAGGCUGCCGUAUAGCCAGAGCUCUUUGAGACGAACCGAAAUUUCUCUACACAAACGCAAUUUUCUGCACGAAAGCGGCGCAGUGCAUGCACACGACACACGAUACUUCACGGAGUAAAAGUGGGCGUGGCGUCGUCGAAAAAACGCAGUGUUUGAACAAGGCAUAAGAACAAUAGAAAAGAUGAGCUUAAUUUAAAAAAUGAGAAUUUUAUGAAGUUCGUGCAGAAUUAAUGUUUAAAAAACAUUUGAGAUUGUUUAAAUUAAAAAAAAUUUUCAAAGUUUCUGACACCGCUUUUUUUCACUCUUAACGAUUUAGAGAAUGUAUGAAUUUUAUUUUUUUAAUAAUUGACUAUCUAGAAGGUUUGAGUUUCUACACUCUGCUCUGGAUUUCCUUUUUUUCAUAAAAAGGUGAAAAAAAGUGAUUUUUUUCAUUUUUUUAAAGUUUUUUUGUCCAAAAAUUUUUUUACUUAAAGGUAAUGAAGUUUGAAUUGAAAAAAAUGCGGGGAUAACUUUGGCUCAUUUUUCACCUUAUCUCUAAAAAAAAAGAACAAUUUUUAGCUGGGGCCGACGGAAUGGAAAAGUUUCGGCUGUCGACGCUUCUUCCGUUCUGAAGCUUGUUCUUUAUGAAUGUGCCCUUCUUGGCGACGUUUUCUUCAUUGUCGUGGCUGUAGUCGCAUGUUGGACCACGUUUUCCUACAAGUCUCAAACUUACGUCUUCUACAAACUUCUGAGCGAGAGACAGGUUUAAUUUUCAGAAGGAAGGGAUUUUCCUUUUUUUUUUUUGGAGCUUUUCAAAAAUCAGCUCGUUGGUGUACUGAAAAAAAGGCUCUGAAAAAAGCGAUUUUCAAAAAUUUUGGAUUUUCCGAGAAUGUAGUGUUCAACUGUACAGAACGGACUAUUUUUCUUGCUUCUGAUGGUAUUUUUGAGCUUUUCAAUGUCCUUAUCGGAAAACCGAGAGAAUUCGUAGUUUGGACUUAGUUUUUUGGAUAUUCUUCUCUUUUUUUCCUCAGUUUUCAAGGUCUUCCUUAUGUCAGAAAAUUUCCAACCGUUAUAUGAAGUUAUUUCCCUUUUUAGGUUAAAGGAAAGUAAAUAUGAUCAAUUUCAGGAAGAGACUAUCCUAAGAUACAUCAUCGCCGCAUGUGUAUUGAAAUUCAUCGGAUUAUUGCACAAUAAUAUCUCGUUAAUAUUCCAAGAGACGUUUUUCAUCGAUUGGGAACGGCCGAAUCAUAAAAAGGUAAGGAAAAAAAUGACCAAUAUAUAUUUUUUUAGGACACAUUAUCGUUUUCUCAGAAGAAAAUGUAGAAAAUUGGAAAAAUUCAGUAUUAUCAAUGGGGCGAAUUUUCAUUAGAUUUUCGCGGCUUAUGGAGCUGACACGAUGGGAAAAACUCUAGUGGCCACUUAAGAGGUUCCUCAAGGACUACUUGGAGCGUAAACUAAAAGGCCCACUAAAACCGCCUCUAGAAAAGCCACUAUUUUGCUCUUAGGGACUACUAUAGUAGUUUUUAGAGGUCUAGUAUAGUCGAUGUGCCACAAGUUGAAAUUUCAUGGAACGACACUCCGCUGUUUCGAUUUUGUGCGGUAGCGCGCAUCUGGCGAAUUUGCCAACUUCGGCCACGCUAAUUUUUUUUUUUGGUUUUCAUUCUAAUUUCGAUCGUUUUUUUUUAUUGUUUUAUUUCUUUAAAAUGUAAUAUUAUCGUUGAAAAGGAUUGCGUUGUACAAAUGUAAAAGAAAGAACACAGCAAAUUUCAUGAUGUUUCUCGAAAAAAGCGAUUAAAAAAAAGUUUGAAAAACUUCAUGUAUUCUUCAAUCGCUUUGAUAUUAUUUUUCUCGUUUCUCAAAAAAAUUUUUCAACGACUUACCAAUAGGAUUUGCGGGUGAAACGCCACAAUAUUCUACAAUAGUUUCUGUGUUUUUUUUAAAGCCAUGUUUUAAUGUUUUCAUCGUUUUUUUUUUCUGUUUGCAGUCGUUAAUUGUUUUUUUUCAGAAAGUGAGCGCCUUAUAAAAUGAAGACGUGUACUUCCAUGAGCACAUGCACCAUAGUUUGAAGAAAGGUUUUCGUUCCUUUUUUUAAAAUGGAGCUUUAGAUAAAUCGUAUUGCUGAACUAUGCGUCAGAAAUGGGGCGUACACAGUGGGCACAUGGAAUAGUGGAAACGAUGUGCUGAACGAAAUGUCCAGAAAACUAAUAAUUUUUCCUUUGAACUUAUGUAUCUGUUUUUUUUUAAAUAAAAAUUCGUCAAUGUAGAAACAUUCAAUUUUUUUAAAAUCAUUCACUGUGUAUUUUAUUUCUGAUUGGGAUAUUUUUUACAUGAUUUGAAAUGAAAAAAGAAAUGUCGAUAAAGGCUCAAUGAAGGUAAAAUAACGGAAUAUAUUGAACAAAACCAAAGACCAUCUCAUGAAAAACUUUCAAAUAUUAUAAACGCAUUUUUUCGCUUAAAAUUCGAAAAUUACUCUACUUUUAUUUUUAUCAAUGAAACAGUCUAUCCUCUAGAAAAGAUAAUUAUGAUUUUGGCACGAAGAAAACUAUUAAAACAUAGUUGAAAUAAUGAAAAUUUCGAAUAAAACAAAAAAAAUGGAAAGCGCGACCGAAAUUCGCAAAGGCAAGGCGCUUUCACGGCCACGGCCACCCAACGGAGUGCCGUUCCAUGAAAUUUCAAGUCGUGGCACAUCGACUAUAAUGCCACUUAGACUCCUAAAGAGGCCACUUAGUUUAAGCCACUUAAGUGGCCACUUCAUCGAUCUUUAGAACGUCAAAACCCUAAAGUGGCCACUGAAAAUUUUCACAGCAAUCCGAACUUGUUUUUUUUACUGAGGUGGUCAGAUUUCUUGGGCUCAAUAUAUUAAAAAAAAAACCAGAAAAAGUUCUUCAUAUUUUAGGAACAAGCCAGUGAGCGACCAACUUCUAGGGAUAUUUCUCGGGAAGUCAAACAAGAAGCGCCCGUUAUUUGGUUGAGAAAAUAAAAAAAAGUGAAAUACUUGAACGGAAAAUCUUCAGGAGAACCUAUCUGAUUGCAAACGAGUGGAACGAGCUUCAGAGAUACCGAAAAACCCGUCUUCCACUGCAAAUUGUCACGUUUUUGUUUCUUCACGAGUAUUUUUCGCUGAAAAAUUGGGCCAUCGUUGAGCCGGGAUUCCAUAGAAGUGAGAGAGAAACUUUAGUCACCACUUUAGGGCUUGGAAGUUUUCGUGGCCACUAUUAAUCGCGCUGUUCUUUCUUCAUUGUCCUCUCAAGUGGCCUCUUUAGAAGUCUAAGUGGUACUAUGAGAUGAGACCAGUAAAGGCUAGAGGCCACUUAAGGGGUCAAUAGAGCAUUAAUUUCAAAAUUAUUUGAGUUAACUCGCAAAACGUGAUGUUGCUUUACAAGAAAAAAAUUGAGGUCAUUUUUCAGAUUUGGACGAUAAUUUCUACGAUUCAACGCUGUUGACCCGUUUUGCGGUUGUGGUUUUCUUGUACCUUUCGUUGGCCUUCAUUCAGUGGAUCAUUCAGGUGAUUCAUAGUUCAUUCAUAACAUUUUCUGGGUUUUUUAAAGGAGCAUGAGGGUCUCGAAACGAAGAACCUGCGCCCUUUAUAACACUAGUGGAGUCAGGGCUUUUGUGAAGUUUCAAAGGCUGCUUGAGUGGAAAAAAAAACCGAAAUUCGCGUUAAGAUAUAUUUUGGCACGGUAUCCAUGCGCCUUUAAAGCCAAGUCUUCUAAAAUGACGGAUUCUUCAUGAGCUUUCAGAAAAUUACCAAGUUCCUAUGUGCUUUCAAGUACUCUCAAGCUAUUUUUUUUAAAAACAGGACCAAGGUAUUUCGAUUUUUCUAUAUGUAUGGAGAAUGCUUUGAAAAGUUGUCUUUUUUUAAUAAUUUAUAAAAAAAUGCGGCACUGCAACGUGUUAAAAUUUAAAGGCGCAUUGCCAGCGAGCUGAAGGAUAUCUUUAAGCGAAAACUUUUUUCCCAAGAAACAUCCUGAAUCGACUAUGAUAGUUUUACAAAAAUGUCUCAUUUCAGGUCUUGUUGAUAGAACGAGUGAUCCUCGACCCUUUCCACAACUUCAUCGAUCUUUGCUCUGUUUCGAAUAUUAGGUUCGAAGAAUAUUGAUUUUUAUGAAUUUCCGCAUUUUUCAGUGUUUUGUCACUGACAGAGUCUCUUCACGGCUUUUAUAUUCAUGGAAGGUCGGUUCAUGGGAAAGGCGACGCUGGGAUGGCCGAGAUGAACGACUUCUUGCAGCGCGAAAGGGUGAUUAGACCAAAAACUAGUCUGCUAAAGUUCCUUUCAAAAAAACAUGUGUUACUUGAAAGUUUGAGGAACCAAAGUAAUUAGAGAAACCAGAGCUGGGUUUUGAGCCCCGUGGCUGACUGCAACAGCGGCAUGGUUUUUUGCAACAGGGGCGCGAAGUUGAGAGCCUAAUUUUGUGGGUUUAUUGGUUGGAAAAACAGCAUUAAAUGAUGUUUUUUUCUAGAUUCUCGCAAGUUUUCGAAUGUGUAUCAAAUGAUGAAAAAUCUAUUUAGAUGAAAAAAGAGACGAAGUUGCUUUCGAAUCUCUCAAAAUGUUGUUUUCGAAAAAAAUUUUGUUCUAGUUUUUCGGUGAGGGAAAAGAUACGCAGAUAGGUUAGAGUGUUCCAAAUCGCUUUUUUAUUUUAAUUAUGACUUACGAAAUAGUCGGAAAACCAAAAAAAAAUGGUUUUCAGGACAGUUUAUGCGGUUUUCGAGGCUUGGAGCCGUCUUCUGAGCUCCAGACUUACAUCGUGAACCUCCCGCAAGCUUUCCGGCAAAAAUAUGACGAAAUCCGACAGAUGGCUAAUGCACAACUGGGACCGUCGGUGACGGGGCAUGACGCCGUUACCGCGAAGGUAUGAUACGUUUAGGAGUACUUCGUCUGUGAUUGGCUGGCCACGCCUCUUUUUUGGAGUUUUGAAACUAGCUUAUCGGAGGAGUUGUUGAUAGUCGCUAAAGGGAGAAUAUAAGCUUUUUUUUCCAAUUUAUGUGGUGAAUUUGGUGUAUUUUUGGAAGGUUUCAAUGUCCUUGAUAUAUAAUAGUUGGGUUUACUCAGGUUUUCCAGCGGAUAGAUACAUUUUUCUCUUCGAAAUAGUGCCUAAACUUUCAGGAUUAGUUCAAUUUGAUGAAUUUGAAAUUUUCGGGCCAAGAAACUGGAUUUCGAGGAAGUUAUUCAGAUGCACGCGACAGUGAAAGCUCAUGGGGAGAUGAACGAAUUCCUCAAGGCUUUUAUCGAACACGCGAACUCUGACUUGGGCUAUGUGAUUCGGGAUCGAACUGUCGCUGAGGCGGUCCUCGAUUUGGAGUUUAACGAUACCUCAGUCACUGGGAACUUCAUGAGGUGGGUUUUUUCGAAGAAAAAUGAGUCAUGUGUCCCUUUUAAAAUUGUUUUCGGGGUUUUUAUUUGCUGAUCCAGGCUUCUUUGAGCACAUCAGCGAGGACCUUGAGCAGUCGUUCAGAGAAAAAAGUUUCUUAGAAAAAUAAUAAAAUGACCUUGGUGGAAUUAUCAGAGGAACUGGUUUAAAAAUCUAGUAUAAUUUAAUAAUUUUUAGGGUUAGAAAUUGUUCUACUCAAGUUUUAGGAAAAGCUCGUGAUCUUUGAAGACGUCAGUAAACUCUUUAAGUGAAAAAAUACUGAAAAAAUGUUGAAAUUUUUCUUUGAGAGAAACGAUCAAAUUAAGGUAGCCCAGGAUCCAAACCUUGUGGAUAAAAAUGUUUGAUAUUUCAGAAAAAUAUCAUCUUAAAGUUCUACUAAAUUUCGGCUUGGUCCGUAGGAAUUACAAGGUAGUUCAUCAAAGAAUAAUCUUCACGAUAUAAUUUUUUUGCUUUGAUAGAAAAAAACUGGUUCAAGCUUCAAAGUCAUGAUUAUUUGAAUAAAAUAGCUAACUAUCGAAGAAAUUUUAUUCAUGAAUGAGACUUAUAUAGUCACUAUUUCCCGACUUGAAAGGCGAAGGAGGCGGGGCAUGGGGCGGGACGCGUAGCGUGUGCGUUCGCGGUUCUUGGCACGAGUUCAAUUCAAGCGCCGCCGACUAUUAAAAAAGCUCGGCAACCGCUCUUUUUCAUUGUUUUCUACUAUUUUUUGAUGCUGAACAUAAUCGAUAAAUAAUUGAAAAAGGAAUGAAAAGAACGAAAAACGGGAUUUUCAAAGAGUAGAUGGCGGUUGAAUUGAACACGUGGCAAGGACCGCGAACGCACACGCUACGCGUUCCGCCCCUUGCCACGCCUCCCUCCCCUUUCGAGUCGGGAAACAUUGACUAUAGGCGGGUUUCACUGAAUAGAAGCCGAUAGAUCUGAAUAAUUAUUCCAGAGACCCAUCGGAAAUGAUGUUCUCCCGAUGCUUCGUCUACGGCAACGAGUGGAAGUGGCUCUCCUUCGAAUGUCUUCUAACUUGUGUCAUUUUCCUGAUUUCCGACUCUAUCCACUUGGCCUUCUUCGUGGUUUUCCUGACUUCCUCCAUUUUGAAACUGAUUUUCUCAAUACUAAGUACGAAUCAUCUCUCUCGCGUUGGACUUGUCGAUAAUCGGUUCUUGCUCUAA